AUGAGUUCUGCUGUCGAUGUCUCUGUUGUCGAGCAAGUGCUGAAGAACUGCUACAUUCCUUCAAAGGCUACUGCAAACACCAUCAGGGUUUUGUCCUUCAACGUCAAUGGAAUCAGAACCCUCUUCAACUACCAUCCUUGGAGCUCGUUCUCCAAGAACAUGUCGUUUUUUUACAAGUUUUUAAAAGCUGACAUUAUAUCUUUGCAAGAGUUGAAAAUCAACAAAGAAAAUGUGAGUGCUAGCUUGCUUCCAAGUAUUGACGACUACUACUCCUUUAUUUCUUUGCCUACCAGCAAAAAGGGCUACUCGGGAAUUGGCCUAUACGUUAGAAAACCCACAGAAGAUGAUUCACCAAUGGUUGAAAAUUUUCUCAGAAUCAAAAAAUGUGAAGAAGGUAUAACUGGAUUAUUGCCUUGUUACGAUUAUAACCCCAGGGUUUUAAAUGAUAACGUAAAGAAAAACAGGAACAGGCUUUUUUCAUAUAAGGAAUUGUAUGAAAAUAGCAGUAUUGAUUAUAGCUUUAAAGAAACAAGUUUAAUUGGUGGUUAUCCAGAUUUAAAUGCUUUGAGUUUGUCUGUUGAAGAAGCCUUGGAAUUAGAUUCUCAAGGUCGCUGUUUGAUCUUAGAAUUGAAUUUAAAUUUGAUCAUAAUAUCCCUAUACUGUCCUGCUAACUCUUUGAAUUCUGAAGACGGUUUAAAUUUCAAAUAUAAUUUUAUCAGAGUUUUGAUCCAAAGAAUUAAAAUUUUGAAAAAAACAUUAAACAAAGAAGUCCUUAUUAUGGGAGAUAUCAAUAUUUCAAGAGAUUUAUUCGAUAGAGCUGAUUCUUUAAAUGAGUAUUUACUAAUCAAAGAUUCUCAGACCACUAGUAAUGGCAAUCCCACUAAUAUUAAUGCUUGCAAUAUUGAUAAUUUUAAUUUCGAUAAAGACUACUUGGACUCCUUUAUUAAAUCUGACAUUUCAAGAAUAUUACUAAACUCAAUCAUAAUUAAUUCAAAUUUAACCGAAAAUGUUAAGAUAGAUAAAAAUCUAAAGGUCAUUUAUCAAAAUAAUGCAAAAAGUAAUCUACUCAUUCUGGAUAAUGAAGAAAUCAGUGAUAACGGUUCUUCUGAAACUUAUGACACAAUAUCUCUAGAUAAAAUCUUAUAUGAUGUUAUAAGGGAGAAACAUGGAAACAAAUUAAAACUAUACACUUGCUGGAAUACCCAACUAAACCAUCGCCCCAUUAACUAUGGAUCAAGAAUAGAUUUUAUCUUAACUUCUCAAUCAUUUUUUGAUAACUUUUUCGAUACUGCAAAUUUAUUAACACACUUAUAUGGUUCUGACCAUUGUCCAAUUUAUUCAGAUUUUACAAUAACUGAAAAAAUUUAUAACAAUAACAAUAAUAGUAAUAGUGAUCAUAAAAAUUUAACCAAAAGUAAUAACCAUAAUUUUCCAAAAUUAGAAGCCAACACAAGGUACAAAUUGAACAAAAUUUCAAUUAUUGACUCAUUGUUCAAGAAACCAAGCUUUAAGACUUCAAUUUUAUUCAAACAAGAACCUUUAGUUAUAGAAAAUAAUAUUGAAACUGAUAAAGAUAUUAUCAAAAAAUCAAAUGAUUCAAAUAUAAAUAAUAACAACAUUAAAAGCAAUUAUGAUAAGAAUGGUAAUACUAAGAUUAUCAAUGAUAAUAAUGAUAAUAAUGAUAGCGAAAAUGAUGGUAUUUUUGUAGUUGAGAAUAUUGAGAAUGAUAAUACUAACAAUGCUGAUAAUAAGGUUAUUAAAGUAAAUGAAAAACCCAAAUUAAAUACACUAGCAUUAAACUCAAUCAAUAAAUUCAAUGCAUCGCAGCCAAAAAGAAAAUAUGUCUAUAUGAGUAGAAAGUUAACAAAUAAUAUUGACACUAAUAAAAGUAAAACUCCAUAUUCAGAUAAAAAGACAACAGUUCAAAAGAAAAACAAGCGACAAAAACCUAUUGAGAGCUUCUUCAAACCCAUUUCGAAAAUUAAGGAAAUACAAAAACAGAAUGAUAACUCAUUGUUCAUGACUGAUCCUUUGGUGAAUAGUAAUUACAAAAUAGAAUUUAUUGAUAUGACUAACGAUGAAGAUGAUAAGGUCGACUCAUCCAUUACUCCAAAUAAUGCUGAAAACAAGUCAGAUAGUUCUAUUCAAUCUCAAAAAUCAUUCAAUAUGAAUACCAAAGGGGUUUUUGAAGGUGUUUAUGGCAAGCCUCCUGUGUGCAAACACAAUGAUAAAUGUGUUUUAAAAACUUGUAAGAACACCAAAAACAAAGGCAAGAAAUUUUGGUGUUGUAGUAGAACUUCCAAUGUGAAAAACCAUAGUGAGGUUCAUCCUGAUAUUAAUUGUGGAUUUUUCAAAUGGGUAAAUUAG